UCGAUGCGUUCCGCUCACUAUUAGCUCUAGAGGUGCGUCAGCAAUCGCGUGUGCGUAAAGUGGAACCCGACAUGUAAAUGUUUAUCUAUUUUUUAUUUACUCUGUAAGAAAAGUAAGAUUUGGCCGGUUGGAGUGGAUCUGUCUGGGCAUCUGUGCAGAGAAGCGCACAAAGGUGAAGGAGAGUUAAAACGCCGACUUCAAACAACAUUUCCCGGCUUGUGUAAAGGACACAGUCCAUAUUCUCCUAUGUACGGAACAAUCUUUGAGAACAUGACUAGUUUGAAGGCGUAUAGUGAGCCGUAUGGUUUGCCACUUGAAACCACAUGUAACUAAGUUUCCUGGAAGACCUGCUUAUGAUUGACAGCUAGUGAAAACUCUGAAGAGUGGGUUCUGAACCAGUAGAGGACACUGACCCCAGCACCUUUGUUACAGAGAUGUCGCUGAGAUCGAAUUACCCUGUUCAGGUCACUGAUCCACAAGAUAUGAGAGAUCCUGUGACACUCCAGCUCAGCUCCUUUCCCGCUGGUUACCUGACUUCAUCUCCGCACAGGAUACAACAUCCUGUGGAAAAUGAUGGGAGUGAUUUUUCACCGUCAGCUUCUGUUUCAUCAGACUUCAGUAAAGACCAUAGGCCCUGUAAGGAGUGUUCUCGUUCUGCCCCUCCACCCAAAAUAAGCGACCUGAUGAACGACGAAGACCUUCUGUACACCUUGCGGUUGAAGCUGGACCCGGCUCACUGCACCGUCAAAAACUGGAAGAACUUCGCAAGCCGCUGGGGGAUGAGCUACGACGAGCUCACGCUUCUAGAGCAGCGCUCACACGGCUCCACCUAUCACAGUCCCACGCAAGAGUUCCUCAUGCGUUACAACCAGAAACUUGUCACAGAGCUCACCGAACUCUGCCAGACCUACCAGCGCAUCGACGUGCUCAGACUGCUCCAGAGAUGGAUGGAGAACGACUGGCCCUCGCGCUGGCAAAAAGCCCAUUAGCUGGGAUUAGUGAAAACUGUAACUAGACUUCUACAGGGAAAAGUGUUCCUUGAAUCACAGAGUGAGUCAGAACACGCACCACUGAUGAGUGGUCCAGCAAAAAUUGGGUUUACAGGGUUGUAAACUGGAUGUUUUAUUGCUAGGGGUAUUUCAGAAUGCAGGGUUAACAUACCGGGAUAUCGAACUUGGUUCAAGGAAACCGAUUCACGGUUAAUGCAGUCAGAAGUGACAUGGAAGAGAGUUUACGGUGAACACAGAAAGAUGUUCUAAACGGAAACGGACGCCUAAAAGUCUUUAAAAAAACAUAAAAAAAGGGGGCGGAAUCCGGUAUGAUUACACAUGAUGUGACAAAAACAACAAUUCCAUCGAAUAAAUAGCACUUAAAACAUAAAGCUAAUGUAUGAAAAAAAAGGUUACAAUUACAUCACACCUUAUCUGUGAUGUGUUUACAGGCUUACUCCGAGGCGGUUGAGUUGCUUUCUGGAAUACCCCCGAUAUCUAAAUAAAGCAGAUAAUGGUUUCAUGAUAAAUCAUGUCCAACAAGGUUGGAGCGAUGUUUAACAAAUAUAUGGAGUGAUCAAGCAACACAUCAGUAUGUGCUAUACUUGUAUGGUAUUUAAUUUAUUUUUAUUGAGUCAUCUUUACCUAUGGAGUUAUUAGUUGUUUCAUGAAGUGUUACUCUUUGUGGUGUUGAGUCGUACUCAAGAUCCAAAAAUGUUUUGAGAUAAUUUUAUUCAUGUGGUCAUGUCUGCUCCUGUACAUCAUUGAAUACAUCACAAAGUUACAUGGCCGCAGAGAUGACAUAGAGAUUUGCUAUAUUUAAUGUUCAGUAAUCAUGUCCAUUUCAUCUGGGAUCACUCUUAAUGUGAUGUACUGUAGAAUUUUUUGACAUUGCAAUAUGUCAUGAAAUAGCUAUUAUGAGAAUUCAUGUGAUUUGGUGGAUUUAAUGGUUUGGUAAUUGGCUGAUUUAAUGGUUAUUAGGGGUUCUUUAAGUGGCCAGAAACAUAAUUUCAUAUAUAGUUCACACCAUCGUGUCCAUCUAUGUUAAUUGCCCCAUUGUACUGCAGCAUGAUAUUUGGUAAGAAUGGCACUUAAACUUAAAUGUGCUGAUAUCUCCAGUGUCUCUGGGAAAGAAGUGGUCCAAGAGCUGUAAAACUGCACUAACCAAUGCAUUUCAAAGUUUUUUUUAAACACAUGAUGGUUUUAAAAUUCAUGGUUGGGCUUUCAAAAUUAUGGUUCAACAUUAUCUACAAGUACAGGUGUAGGUUGAGAGCACAUCACCUUUUUUGAACAGACUCCUUUAAAACAUUUUGCUUGGGUAUUCUGCCCUGUACAGCAGUUUUUGAUUCUCUGUGUCAGAAAGUUAAAGAAAGCCAUAUCUGUUUGUUUGCAUCGGGGCUUUUCUUUGUUUAACAAUAAAACAUGCUGUA